CACCUUCCUUCAGACAACACUCCUUCUCUCGUAUUGCUAAGGAUGGAGUCGCAGUGUUCCACAACACACCACAAGAUUCCAAUAGUGGACAUGGGAGCAAUAGGAAUCGGGAAGGAUGAGAAAUGUGCAGAUCCCAAAGAGUGGCAGAGAGUGUCUCGUGAGUUAUGCGAGGCCCUGUCUGGUGUUGGUUUUGUGUAUCUGUCCAACCACGGCAUUCCUGACGAACAGAUCAGCAGCAUCGUGAAAGCCUCAGCCGAAUUCUUCAGCCUGAACAGGGAGACCAAGGUGAGGUACAACGUCCCUGACCUGGGCACUGCGCACGGCUACAUGGAGGUGGACCGCGAAAAGCUGGACGCGACAGGCAGGUUCAGUGAGCUCCGCGAGUCCUUCUACAUGAAGAACAUGGCAGGCGCCUUCCCUGACAGCGAGGUGCCUCACCUCAGGCCCGCCGCUACCACCUUCAUAGCCUCCUGCAAGACCCUCGCCUACCGUGUCCUUACCGCCUUAGCCCUUGGCCUUGGUCUGGACAAGGAUUUCUUCGUGGAGACUCACCGCGGGAUGUGCACCAACUCGCCGCCCAAUGCUACAGUGAUGCGCGUCAACCACUACCCGCCGCUGCCCGCCGACCUGCCAGAGAAUGUCAUCCGCUGUGGAGCGCACACUGACUACGGCUCCAUCACGCUGCUCUUCCAGGACUGCAUGGGUGGCCUUCAGGUGCGCAACAUGGACGGAAGUGGGAGGACGCGCAUCCCAUACCCGGAACCAUCCUCGUCAACGCCGGGGACUUGCUGCAGGUGUGGACGUCCAACAGAAUCGUGGCCACGGAGCACCGCGUGGUUAUUCCGAAGGAGGAAAUACGUCGGAAGGCGUCCCGUUACUCCACCGCCUUCUUCGUCCACCCAGACAACGACGUGUUACUGCAGUCCAUCAACGACUCCCCGCCCUGCCUCACCCCGCCCAUCACUGCACACCAGCACCUCCUCAACAUGUACUCCAAGACUUACACCUACUGAAGACUCGUGGAUAAUCAGCGAAUGUUUGUAGUAGUUCACGCUCUUGUCCUCAUCUCCCCACCCACCAGUCCCCUCAGUCCGUUUUUUCCUAUUUUUUUGCUAUCGAUCUCUUCCUCAGCUUUCUUCACACGUUGAAAGAGCUAAUGUUCUAGUAAUGAAUGAAUUAAUGAAAAGACAGAUAAAUCAUAGCAACAACAACAGCAACAGCAGCAGUAGCAGUAGCAGCAGCAGCAGCAAAAACAGCAACAACAACAGCAACAACAAUAGCAACAACAAUAGCAACAACAACAACAACAACAACAACAACAACAAGAGAAGAUUCACACAUGCUUAUUCUAAAAUGCGAACGAAUAGUAUGAAUAAAGCAAUAAUACUUCUACUACUACUACUACUACUACUACUACUACUACUACUACUACUACUACUACUACUACUACUACUACUACUACUACUGCUACUACUACUACUACUACUACUACUACUACUACUACUACUACUACUACUACUACUACUACUACUACUGCUACUACUACUACUACUACUACUGCUACUACUACUACUACUAAUAAUAAUAAUGAUGAUAAUAAUAAUAAUAACGAUAGUAGGGCAUGUUCAUUCAAGAUUAUGGUAAUGUAUAUCUUAAACUUAUAUGCAUUUCAUCUUUUACCUUCCUGAGACUUUUUAUCUUGCUCUAACCCUGAAAUAAACUGUCGAGUGCC